AAUAUCUCCCAAUUCAACAAUUUCCCUUUUCUUUCACACCUUAUUUUCUUCCUUCACUCAAAAAUCUAUACAUACACAUCUAUAUCUAUAUCUAUCUGUAUCCAUAUCUGUAUUCAUAUAAGCUUAGGUUUCAAAAUCAAUCUCAAUUUCAAUUUCUGAUGGGAGAAGAAGUCAGAAUUACCGGUUACGAUAUUUCCGGCGACGACGGAGACGACUGUCGAGUUUCCGAGUGGGAAGACGGACUUCCAACCGCCGACGAUUUGAUGCCGUUAUCACACUCUCUGGUUCCUCCGGAGCUAGCGUCGGCGUUCAGUAUCGCGCCGGAACCUCACCGGAGUUUGAUCGACGUUAAUCGUGCUUCACAACAUACAGUUUCGAAUCUCAGAGGUCAGUCUGUUAAUCAACCGCCUUUAAAUAAUAAUAAUAAUAUUAAUAAUAAUAAUAGAUUUAAUAUGUUUAAAUCAUUUGAUGAUAAAAAUUGUGAUAAUAAUUAUAAUAACAAGGAUGAUAAUAAUCAAGGAGAGGAUGAGAAUGAGAUGAUUCUAGAAGGAGAUGAAACGGUUGACGGUUCGGAAUCUCGGAAACUUAGGAGAGUGGAUAGUGGUGGUGGUGGUAAUGGAGUGGUGGGAGAGGAAGCGGAUUCAUCGGCUAGGACGUCGAAGAGGCCGAGAUUAGUGUGGACACCGCAAUUGCAUAAGAGAUUUGUGGACGUUGUAGCUCAUUUAGGUGUUAAAAACGCGGUACCUAAAACGAUUAUGCAGUUGAUGAAUGUUGAAGGAUUGACUAGAGAGAAUGUAGCUAGUCAUUUACAAAAAUAUAGGUUGUAUUUGAAACGAAUGCAAGGGUUGUCGAAUGAAGGACCUUCGUCCUCUGAUCAUUUGUUUGCUUCUACUCCGGUGCCACAGAGCAUACACGAGUCUAGUGGGAACGGGAAUCGAAAUGGGAAUGAGAAUGGAAAUGGAAGUAGUGCAGUGAGUAUUCCAAUGCCUUAUCCGCCGCAACAGAUGGUGCCUAUGCCUUAUCCGCCGCAGCAUAUGAUGCCUCAUCCGGGAGGAGGAGGUGGAGGUGGUGGUGGUUAUCAUCAUGGAUUUGAGUCGUACUCUCAUCAUCCGUAUAAUAUGAUGAUGCAACAAAGGGAUUGGGCUGGAAGUAAAUUUGCUUCGGUUUCACCUUAUCAGCACCGUAUGACUCCCAACGAUAAAUAGGGAUUUAGUACAGUUAAUUGGAAAUUUGUUCAACCAAAAACAGAGGUACUGUUGUCCAUAAGGUAGUAUGGAGCAGCCCCAGUAAUAAUAUAAAGUUACCCAGACAUUGGCAACCAACUUCUUGUGGAGCAAUGGCAUUGAUUUGCUAAAGUCACCUUGAUGUAUCCAAGCUUCUCAAUGCAGAAGUUCAAAUCAAUACUAGCAUCACUUCCGAGUAAGAAUAAUCAAAAUUGGCAUCAACUUCAGUUUGAAUUGUGAACUGGUGUGAUGCUGCACUCGUUCGGGUGGCCUGUAGUAGACAUGAGUUGAAGAUAAUGGAUUUUGAAUUCCAACUGAGAGUUUAAAUGUAACAUAUAUGAUUGUUACUCUGCAUAUAGGGCGGCGACAAAAUAAAGUGCACUUCUAAUUCGAAGUAGGAAAAUAGAUGGCAUCAAGCCAGCAAUUGUUGUAGGUGUGCAUCUAUCUAAUGACAUAAAAGCUCUCAUGUGGAAAGUGUUUGCUCAUUAUUGAUCCCACCAUUUUUGUCUUAUGGAAAAUAAUUAAAAGUAUAAUAUUUCCUUGUUAUGUGUAUUUCUAUUUCUGUAGAGUUGAUAGCCUUUGGUAUACAUAUUGUUUCUCUUCCAGAUCUUCCGUAA